CCCCCGCCACUAUUCUACCACUCUCCGCAAACACCACAGGCCAGCAAGUUUUGACUCCCCUCACCGCCGAUGACCGCACGCAGUUCACCCGGUUUUUUCGGUGACAAGGCCCGUGAUGUGUUCCUCAAGAGCCAGCUGAACUAUGACAAGCUUGGCCAGAUCUGGAAUCUAGCGGACACGCAGCAGCGAGGAGCUCUCGAUCUUCCCGACUUUAUCAUUGGCAUGUGGCUUAUUCGUAACUGUAUGGCGAAUCCGAGCCUGUCCCUCCCCGCUGCUCUUCCUCCGGGGGCGUAUGAAGCGGCUUCAGGCGGUCGUCCCCCUGUGCCUCCGCUGUCUGUGCAGAAUACUGGUCAAGCGAGUCCGCUUCAGCGGCAAAUGACUGGCACACUCCAGCCGCAGCUGACCGGUCAAAGCCUGUCGGCAGCGGGUCACGCUCAGCCUCGUUCUGCGAUGACGCCCACGAGACAGGGUACGCACUCGUCCAUUACUGCAUCCUCGGCGGCUGCUUGGGACAUCACCCCAGAGGGUAAAGCCACCUCAGACCGCUUCUUCGACCAGUUGGACACUCAGAACGUGGGCGUUAUCGAAGGAGACGUUGCAGUACCUUUCAUGCUUCAAAGUCAGCUGGAUGAGGCCAGUUUGGCCACAAUCUGGGACCUCGCAGAUGUCCGCCAGGAAGGGAAGCUGGACCGCGAUGAGUUCGCUGUCGCAAUGUAUCUCAUCAGCUCGAAGCUUGCUGGGAAGGACCUUCCGACUACGCUCCCCGCGAGCCUUGUUCCUCCAAGCCUGAGGUCCCAUGAACUGCCCGUUCACUCGCAGCAGUCGUCCGCCGCAAAAGAUCUCUUCGAUCUCUUCGACGACUCGCCCACCCAAAACUCUUCAUUGGCUUCUGCACCUGCAACUGCGUUCCUACCACAGCCACCUUCAAGGCGUGGCACUGCUCAGGAAGCCGCAACACGUCGCGUUGAGACUACCCAUACUGGUCAAGGCCCCACAGGCUUGGCAGCAAUGUUCUCGAAACCUACAGCUGCGGCUGACCUUCUCGGGGACGAUGCUCAGGAAUCUGCCGCAUCGUCCGUUCCAGACGCGUCUGCCGAAAUUGGGAACAAGCGGAAUCAGCUCGCCAACACCGUCCGUUCACUUACUGAUCUUCAACGCAAUCGCACCGAUCUCGAAGAGCGUAGCGCAUCCAACGCGUCGCAGCUAGAGCAGUUAGAAUCCGAGCUGGCCGUCGCUCGUGCGAAGUACGAUGAGGAAACAAAGAUUGUGGCGGAGCUCCGCCUGAGGGUUGGCGAGCAAACUGCACGCCUCAGUCAGCUACAAGCAAAUGUCAUAUCGGCGCAAAGCGACCUAACCGCGCGCAAGAUGGAGAAAGAUGAGCUGGAGCAGACUUUCCUUCGCGAUAAGGAGGAAGUGCGUGGACUGCAAAAGCGCAUGAAGGAAAUUGAGGAUGAGAAGACAGGCAUCAAGCUGCUCCUGGAAAAGGUCAAGAAGGAAGCUCGUCAGCAGAAAGGCAUGGUCUCGAUCGCCAAGAAACAACUGUCGACCGCCGAAGGAUCUCGCGAUACUCUUCAGCAGCAGGUCCGUGAAGCUGAGAAUGCGGCUGCGGCCGAGACGGAAGUUCCCGAGGCUGCUUCAACGCCGCGUGCUCUGAGCCCAGAUGCGACCGGUACAUCUCAACGCUCCUACAACCCAUUCGACCGCUUCAGCCGCAAGCGUUCGCAGGGGUCUAAUUCAGGUUCCAUCUCGGAGUUUGCGACGCCCCUUGCGUCCCCUGGCUUCGCUGGGGCCGCUGUAGGCGGGGCCGUCGCCGCCGGUGCGGCUGUGGCUCACUUUGGGCUGCAGAGCGAUGGCAAAGGCCCCACAAUUUCAUCCCCGCCAAGAGAGGAAUCUGAAGUGGACGCUUUCGGCGCCCCCAUCGAGCAUUUCUCCUCGGCGCCCGGCGUGGCCACGACAGACCCAUUCGGGGGUACACCUUUCGGUGACGACCGCCUCGGUCCAAGGGGCGAUGUUGACGAUAAGUCGCCAACGGUAGGCUUUGGCGACUCCUUUAACGCAGCUGCCUCGCAACGUGCCCCAGCUGAUGCGAACGGUGCCUCCACUGGUAUGUCCGACUUCGAUGCCGCGUUUGCCGAUUUCGACACCAAGGCCGAUGCAACAUCAUCAACUGACACGCAUCCUGAGCUACAAGAGUCUGUUCCGACCGAGGCGCCCUCCGCAUACACUGGGCCGUCUAGCGUUGGCGUUGGUAUUUCAACUCCAUCCGCAUUUGACGCGGACAGACCGGAAGCCGAGCGCGCAGCCGAUGCGCAGGGUGUGCCUCCGUCCAGCAUCACAGCCUUAACAACCGCUGACAAGAUCGGAACGGAAUCCUCUGAUGACGAAGACGAAGGCCCGGAAGACCUGGAGGGUCCUCGCAGAGAGUACCCGUCUAGCCCCCCUCGCCGGAUGUCUCCGCCACCAGUCACUGGAUCUCCACCCCUCUCAGCCGCCGCUUCGGGCCCUCCAGAGGAUCUCCACCCCAAGACUCGCCGCAGCGCUCCGCCACCCCCAGCGGUUCGUUCAUUUGGGGCUACCUCUCCUCCGCCCGCCAUUCGCUCAUCCGGACCAACCUCACCAACUGUACGCUCGCCUGGAACAACAUCUCCUCCCAUUGCGCGUUCGCCUGGGGUUGUCUCCCCUUCGCCUGCGGUAUCACCACUAACACAGUCGCCCACUGCCACACGUGGCAUUGACCCCUUCAGCGGCUCAGUUGCUGCCUCCCCAGCCGUCGCUGGGCCGCCGGCACUGAUCCCUUCCCCUGCGGUCCAGUCUACAUCACUCGAAACCACGCCAGCAAAGGCUGAUCCUUCGGCCAUUUCUGGAAGUCAAGCCGCCGCCUUUGCUGAGGGACAAGAUCCUUUGGGUAGCGCAAUCCCCUCGAGCAGGAAGGAGAUCUCCGCAGAUGGGGCCAAGGACCAGUUUGAUGACAGCGAUUUUGAUUUCCCGGAUCUUCCCUCGGCUCACUCAACGCAGGUUCCGCCGCAGGCCUCAGCCGUUACCACCUCAUCCUUCGAUGACGAGUUUGCGACAUUCGACGAGGAAUUUGACCAGACACCCUCCCACGUCAAUGAUAAUCUGGAUCAGUCGAACUCGAACUCGCUCAGGCAGUCUUACGAGGUCGUCCCGUCUCCGCAGAGGUCUCGUGCACCUGAUCUAGACGCUUGGGGUCUGAGCGGUGAUACACAAUCCGCCAAUGCCGGCGCCAUGUCGGCCUUCUCGUUCGACGACGCCUUUGGCCAGCCGCAGCACCUGGCGAUGCCAGGGGGAUUUGAUGAGGCAUUCGGUCAAUCUCAAGAGCCGACUCAGCGGACAACGACUGAACCCAACUCCUUCAAUGACUCAUUUGGCGAGCCCAAACAGCUACCUGCACGUGCAACGCAAGAUGGAUCCCGACCAGAGGUCGUUGAUGAUCCCUUCGGUGCCCCGCAGACGGCGGUUGAGCCCAACAAUUCCACGACACAGCAGGCGCUCUCCUUUGACGAUGCGUUUGGUGGCAGCUUCGUCCCCGAAAGCAACAAACCAAACGACACAGUCCCCUCGACCAGCGGUCCGUCCACUGCUGGUGCUGCCCCCCACGCAAGCGGAGACGCUGUCCCACCUGCUCUUCCUCAACGGCCAUCUGUUCAAAAAGAGCCCAGCACGAGCGACCUGCCUCAGCCUGAUGACCUAAAGGAAGUCAAGAGGCUCUGCGACAUGGGCUUCCCUCGUUCUCUCGUGGUCGAGGCUCUGGACGCCAAUGGGUAUGAUUUCCAGAAAGCUCUCAACGUCCUUCUCGUCAAGUAGCUCACUCGUGCCCCAUUGUCCCAUAAGGGAUGGCGGCUCGGGUAUUUAUGCAGAAGAGUGGUACGACUGGGCAUGUCUAGCGAUAAAAGGGUCUCGUUCCUCUCUCCCGCACUUCGAUACAUGAAGGAGGCAGUAGCUAUCAUGUACUUAUGAGCAAACCAGCUCUUGUUAUGGACGCUUUACAGCAAUCUUCAAC